UCAAAAAUGGCGGCCAAAGAUAAGAGUAAAAAAGGAGAGAAAUCCAUGGCACAGCAAAAAUCUAUAAAUUUAGGGACUUUCCUUAAAAGCUUGAUAAAACUGUCAAUAGUUAUCCCUUUGUCUGUUUAUCUUCUGUUAGUGGUUGUCAUGUACAAUUCAUCAUGGGCAAGAAAACAAGUUAUUUAUUUAAACUAUGUUAAAGAUCCCUUUACUGAUUAUUCCAAACCAUAUAAACAUGGAAUUGAAAAUUCAACAAAUUUUUACAUUAAUGGACCUGCUGGGAAGCUAGGAGCUUGGUAUGUAAAAGCAAAAAAUGAUGAAAUACCAUUUGACCAGCCAUUUCACCUUACAGAUGGAAACCCAGUAUUCAUUUAUUUUCAUGGAAAUGCAUUCUCUAGAGCAAAUGAGCAUCGAUUAGCAUUGUAUAAGGUUUUAUCAUCGCUGUCGUAUCAUGUUGUAACGAUAGAUUAUAGAGGUUUUGCUGAUUCAGAUGGUCAUCCAUCAGAACAAGGUCUUAUUGAGGAUGGUCUUGCUACUUGGGAUUGGGUUAAAUCGAGGUCCGCAGACGCACCUGUUUUCAUUUGGGGGCAUUCAUUAGGAUCCGCUGUGGCGGCUGGCGUAGCAAAAGUGCUAUGUGAUAAAGGUUCCCCGCCAUCUGGAAUCAUUCUUGAGGCGCCCUUCAAUAACGUUUAUGAUGCGGGAAAAGAACACGCCAUCGCAAAGCCAUUCAGAUUUUUACCCUUUUUUGAGGAGAUUGUGAUGGAUGAGGUAAAGCAACUUUUCAGAACGGACAAAAGGAUAUCACACAUUUAUUGCCCAAUUCUUAUGUUACAUGAUCAAGACGAUGAAAUCAUCCCCUUCAAGUUCGGAAAAAAGUUGUAUGUACAAGCACGACAAAGUCGUCCUUCGAAUGCAAAACCCGUGCAUCUGAUCGAGUUUAAUGGCAAACAUGGGCAUAACUGGAUCUGUGAUUCUAAACUGUUGCCUCGCAUUUUAAGGGACUUCCUGGAGCAAAAUUCUUUGCAAAGUGAGCAAACCGUCUUCGCAGACAAAAAAGAUUAACCAAUGUCAUAAUUAACAAUUCUUUAACUCGUUGCUCGACUUAUUAUUUUGUUUUUUCACUUUUCGGAUUUUGCUUUUCACUCUUCGGGCUUUGUUUUUCCAUUUUCCACUUUGGCCCAGUUUUACACUUUUUAAAAUCGAAAAACAAAAACCGAAAAGUUGAAAGCGAAAUCCAAAAAAAUGAAAAUCACUUUUCGGAUUUUGUUUUUACACUUUAUGUUUUUGUUUUUAAACUUUUGAAAACCGAAAAAAUCCGAAAAGUCAAAAACAAAAUCCAUUGGCGACCCUACUGGGCUCGUAUCCCUGGUCAACUUCGUAGUCGUCAGUGUCGUUCGCAGAUCCACCCAAUCCCUCCCCACCGACGGAUCCGAGAGGAUCUGGGACCGAUACUAAUGACGGCUGGACAAAUUAUAUUAGACUUUUACUAGCCUGCAGAGCAGAGUUCUUGUAAUGUGUUUGAGAAAGAAUCGGGGUUUUGGGAUUCCUGUUUCAACUACGUGCCUGCGAGAAAAAUGGGACCUAGCAAAAAAAGGGAACGCUUUUUUUGCUCAAAUUUAAAUUUUCACUCGUUCCAAAUUUCCAAAGUUCCCAAAACCACAAGAACGCUAUGGCAAGCCGUUACUGCCAAAAGGGAUCGAGAUUUUUUUAAGGGGGGUUGAAAUUUUUUUCUUUGUCCAGAUUAACUUUUUAGCGAUCGAAAUAUAUAUAUACACUGUUCAAUUUUUUUAUUCCAGCCUCAGUUGCUGCUAGCGAGUUUUUCUGCUUAUUCUCG